UUUAGGUUAUAGUUUUGAUUUCAUAUUUCUAAAAAUUUCUUCUUUAUUCAAGUGUAUUAAAGUUAAACAUUUCUAUUAGUUACUACACACUUUUUGGCAUUCCAGACACCUUUAUCCUAUCAGCAUUGCGAGGAAAAGUACAUUACGGGGAUAUAAAAUGGAAGAAGUGAUUAAAUUUGAGUGUGAAAUAAUUGAAAAUCCUAGGUCUAGCAUUGAAUCCAAUUCGGAUGAUCCACCGAAUAAACGUCAAAAACAAGAGGCUGACGUUCAAGAAAGUACUGCUGAAAUAUUCGAGCAAUCCAGUAUUGCUAAUGAGGAAAAUCAAAAUAUUCAAAGUUCUGUUGAAGAUAAGAUAGAAAUAAAAUUAACACGAAAAGAAGAAUUAGAUUUCAGUCUGGUGCAUAUGUUGGUUACUGAUUUAGAAUCAUUUGAAUAUGUGGAACGUAAAGGCUUCAGAGAUUUUGUAAAGAAACUUGACAACUCAUACGAAAUUCCUUCAACGAUUCACUUAAAAUAUAAACUUUUUCCUGAUUUAUACAACGUUUUAAAGUUAAAAUUGCAAUCUCUUCUGAUGGAAGUCAAAUUUGUUACGCUUUCAACAGAUACAUGGAGUAAAUCAAGUUGCGAAUGUUAUUACAUAUCCAUCACUUGUCAUUUUAUAUGGAAUAAUCAACUGUAUGCAGCUGCCUUGGAGACCAAACAAAUUGAGGAGCUAUCAGCAAAUAAACUCUUCACGGCAAUUCAAGACGUUAUAGACAAUUGGAAUCUUAAAAACAAAGUGGUAUGUAUAGUGACUGACAACAAUACCAAUUUUAAUGAAGCUGUUAAUAAGUUAGGACUUUCUCAUAUACCAAGUUUUGUACACAGUUUAGAGCUUGUUGCAAAUGAUUGUUUCGAACUUCCAAGUAUCGAUAAUAUUAUACAGAAAUGUAAACGUGUCGUUCAUUGGUUUAGCUCAGAAGCUAGAUUCAAAGACAAAAUUGAACAAAAUCCUACAUUACAAGAAACUUUACACUUGAUCUCUUCUGUGACUUCAAACUGGAUUAACGUCUAUUAUAUAAUUAAGUGUAUGGUGUAUUUAAAAGAUGACUUAGAAGAAUUGUCGGAAGAUAUGCCAUCCACAUUUACUCCUGGAGAAUUAUCUACUAUAGAAGGUUGUUUCUUUUGUCUCGAUUGUAUACGAGUUGCCAUAAGCGAUACAGAUCAUAACCAGUACUCGAUGCAUUCAUUAAUCAUACCUACAAUGAGCUUUGUUCAUGAAAAAUUGCGUAUGGUAGAAAAUGUUAAAAUGAAAACGGCACUUUAUGAAUUAUUUCUAGAUCGAAUGAAGAAUUCAAUACAUAGCAAGUUGAAAUUUUACGAAACUGCAGAAAUACCAUUGAUGAGUUCUAUUCUCGAUCCAAGAAUAAAGAAACAUGGUUUUCGGCUUCCUCUGAUUGCUGUGAAAGCAGAAAACCUAUUACUUCAAGAAUCAUCAUCUGUCAUCGAACAAGUCAAAACAAAAGAUGAAAAUUCUUAUCAGACUUCUCCAAUUAAAAGUGAAGAUAACGAUGCUUGUAACUUGCUAAAUUUUCUAGGUGCUCAUAUAAAUCAAAUAUAUAAAAGAAGAACCAAAACUUCUACUAUUACGAUAGAGUUAGAAAGUUAUUUAGCAGAUCCCAUCAUUGAAAUCACUAGUAACCCUAUGGAUUAUUGGAAAGAGAAUCAAAUGGUAUUUCCUAAUUUAUAUAUAUUAGCUUGCAAGUAUUUGAGCAUUCCAGCUCAUUCUGUGCCUACAGAAAGAAUAUUUUCAGAUGUCAUAAAGAAACAAAGUCAGAAGAUAGAAAAUGAAGAUAGUUAUGUUGAUAAGUUCGUAUUCUUUCGUCAAAAUAAAUGGCUUAAAAAUGUCGAUAUCUGAUAUUAAAAGUUUUAUGUCCUCCAUAUAUAGCUGUUUCUGAUAUUGAAAUCAAGUUUAUGAUAACCUGAAGCGGGCGUUUUCAUAAAAUGUAAAGAAAUGAAUAACUUUUGCUAAGA